AUGCGGGUGGGGUGGGGGACGCUUUCGCAUGCUGAGGGUGUAGGGGGAUUUUCGGCAUUUGCUUUGUGGUGUGUCAUCUUUCCAGAACCUCCGACGUUCAGCAUGCUGGUCCUGUUUCCUCAAGGCUUCUCCGUUUCUGCUCUAAGAGGUGGUGAAGGCAGAAGAGACGCCUCUGCUCUCACGAGCGGCACAGUGCUGUCCAGCGGCAGUAUCUGCAGGGGGGUUUCCUCAAAGGCUGCGUGGGGAGCGGGGGGUGGGGGCCCCCGGGGGGCCCCCCUCGACUUAGAAGACAUUGCGAGUGGAUUGCCUGGGUGUACUGGCAGCAGCGAGUGGGCAGUGCUGAAGAGUGUCAGCCUCAACAAUGUCGAACAGGUGGCAGAUAAAAAGGUCCAUCCGCCUGCAGACUUCAGCAAAACCAAUGUUGUUCAUUUAAAUACCGUCGCCAGUUCGCUGAGCCGCCUUGUAGAGGAGGCAGAGGGGGGCGUUCAUGGUCUCAAGUGGGAAGAUUUGUUGCCGAGAGUCGAUCUGGAUUUCCUGCAGCCGCUGAUGAAGUACGGAGAGCUGCAGAGGCAGCUGAAGGAGAACCCGUGUGCAGACUGCCAGCUAAAGGGGCAGCAUCUCCCUCUCGCGAUCAAGCAAAUCAAGCUCGAGGAAGAAGCAGUGGCCUUAUCGGAAUCGUUGGAUGCUAGGUCUUUGGAUCUCUACCCAGAUCUGCUCGCGAGACAGCGAUUUUUGAGACGCUUUGGCUUUUUAGAUGCCGAGGGAAUUCCGACUCUCAAGGGUCGAGUGGCGUGUCAGGUCGUGUCUGGCGAUGAAUUGACGCUUGCCGAGUUCAUCUUUCAAAACGGCCUCGAUGGUCUCUCAGUUGAAGAGGUGGCUGCAGUUUUGAGCGCCUUCGUCGGCUGUGACAGAGAGCAGGCCGAAGUACCUGCCCCGACACCAGGAGUGCAGGAAGCUCGCAGCCUUGCGGAGGCUCUCCACACGCAGCUGCUGGUCGCGCAGAAACAGGAGGGCCUUCGAGUUGCUGAUGAAGACUGGUGGAAGCUUUGCAACUUUGACAUGGCACUCGUUGCGUAUGAGUGGGCACGGGGUGCGUCUUUCGCCAGCGUCGUACGCCUUACCAGCCUUCACGAGGGGUCUGUCCUGGGUCAAGCCAUGACGCUCACUGGAGACCUCACGCUCGUUGCAAAACUGCAGGGGGCCUCUCAAAGGAUCCGCCGAGACAUCGUAUUCGCGACUUCCCUGUAUCUACAGUGA